AGCAAUGUUUCAUCCUGUUCUUUUGUACUUGUGUUGUAGCUCACGAGACUGAGAAGUUCCCUCCAGAAGUCGUACCCUGUAAGCUAUGAUUGCGAGCUUAGCCUGAACUGUUGAAAACCCUCAGCAGUGACAGUUGAACGUUUGAGGAAGUUUCACAGAAGCACCAGAAUGGCCGACUACAACACCGAACCACCAGCGCCUAGCAAAUUCAAUCAAGUUCAGGAGCAAGUCAACGAUGUUAAAGUGAUUCUCAAAGACAACAUCAACAAAGUUCUGGAGAGAGGAGAGCGGUUAGAUGACCUGAUCGGGAAAACAGACGAUCUACAAGCUACGGCCGACUCAUUUCAAAAGACGUCCACGCGUGUUGCCAGGAAGAUGUGGUGGAGAAACACCAAGAUGAUGAUUAUAAUCGGUGUGGUAGUGCUUGCCAUCAUCGUGUUAAUCAUUUUGUUUGCAACAGGUGUGAUUCCCACAUAAACACAAGCCGUUUCAUUGUUAAAAAUGAUGCAUUUCAAUAAUUUGUAUUUUUCAGGCACACAUUAAUUCAACUUGUUCCUAUAAACUGGAUAUGUAACUACCGUAUGUAACUACAUGGAUUUAUGUUUAUAUGAAUUGCUAUUUUUGUGAUAAUGACAUUUCCCAUUAUAUUCCAUUUAAAUCUGGGACAAACGGGCUUCAAUACACAUGCAUUGUUUUUUAGGGUAUUGUAAUAAUGUUAUAGGACGAAAUACAAACUGGAAAAUGUUUUUAGAUUUACUUUGAGACUCACCACUGUGCUUGACAUGUUCAUCCAAAGACAUUUCAAAUCUUCAGUAUGGCUUAAAUGCUGUAAACUUAAGCUUGUUAUAUGACUUCUGCAUGCUUUAACAACUGUGAAAUCACCAUGUACUCACGACACUGAUUUUAUACCUAGACGAGUACAUGUUCUGGACUGAGUUUAGGUUGGAGGGUUUUUAAGUUUAAACUCAAACCCUUACGAUGUAUCAGUCGGUGUCUUUGUCAAGAGGACGUAUAACCUAUAUAGAUAUCAGGUGCGUCCCAA